AUGAGUCGGGAGCCCCGGAAACGACGCGUUUCCCCGGCGCACCAAGCGGGAGGGCCCAGAUGUGUCGCCGCCGGUCGGUCAGAGGCGCUGGCCUCCGACCUUUCUGCUGAGAAGGCCGCGGAAGAAAAGGCAGAGACGCCGCUGCCCGACCGCUCCAGCUGUAGCCUUCUGUUGUCCCUCUGCCAGAGGCAGGGGACUCUCGGAUCGUGUACGGACGGCAAGGGGCGCCCGGGCCUCGCAAGCUGCGGCGGGGCCCCGGCCCUGCCGAGGAGAGGCGCGGAUAGCACCCCCCACACACACACACCCCGGCCCGCCAGAGUAAACAAGGUCGCAACUCGCACCGCACACUUACCGGGAGCCGCGGCCCCGAGGCCCCUGAGGCCGGGCAGGCCAGACCCGAUCAGAUCGGGCCACAGGGGUCGGAUUGGUGUGUAGCGACGGCGAAGGCGGCGGGCCAACGCCGGUGGGGCCUGCGCUGCUUCCUUCGGAGGAUCCGUCCCCGCAGCUCCGGAAGUGCUCGACGCAGUUGCGUCACCUGGUCCGGGUCGACCCGCGGUCGCCCGGGUCGCGGCAGGUUCCAGGAGAAACGGCUACUCAAUACAACGUCCUUGCAACGUGGCGCUCCGACCCAGUCCAACAAGGAUACGGCGGGCGCCGACCGCUGGAGGAGGCAGCAAAGGGUUCGGUUUAUGGAGGGGUGGUCAAGGAAUCCUUUCCCACAUUCGCUUCCCAGCGCCUGCCAACGAGCCACGGGCCGGCCCCAACGAGGUAUUUUUAACCAGCGGGUUUUUGACCUGCUUCUCACUUCACUCUUUGUUCUCCGGUGUCGGGCACGGUGACGUCCGUGGGGUGGAUAGUACCAUGGCUUCCCGGCCGCUAUCUGAUGGUCGGAGGCGAGCCGAGCUGGGAAUUUCUACCUGCGCUGAGAGGCUGUCACUGCAUGGUCCGCGAGCUGCGACCACGUCAGGCUUUCUCUUCCCCGGUCGCGGCCUCGUUCGCCGCCCAGUUCUCUGUCUUCCACUCAUCAUACAAGAUUGCAUCUUAACUGCUUUGCUGCGCAGUUUUUUCGCACAGCAUAGAAACUGUUAUGACUUCCAGUAUCUUCUAGGACCGGUUGUCAAGUGUUGUGGAUAGAUAAAGACGGAGGCUCACUCAGGUUGCUGCAUCUCAGUGGAAACACCAAUGUGAAGCUGGUGGUGUUAGGGAGCCGCCUGGCUAUGCAAAUCCGUUGAUAACGACCCAAACCAUUUCCAUCCAUACACGAAUCGUUUAUAUACUGACAUUCAAGAUACCUAUGUGUAACGGGCUCUCUUAUUUAAUUCUUGCGAGAAAUACAUGAUUUUCAGCUUCCAGUUUAACUCAGGUCAUGUAUCUAAAUCAGGUGCAAUCAAAUACAAGCCCCAAAUUAAUUUGAGGUGAAAAUUAACAGUAAUGGGUGAGUAACAUAUUUUAGGGUUAUGAAUUUUGUGUAUUAGCAACAUAAAAAUCUAUCCAAUGUAUUUGUUUCACUUGUUUUGACAAAACAUGUCCAUUUUAAUUAUGAUGAUACUAGCAAAGAACCCACAAUAUAUUUUCUGCAAAUGAAACCUAAAUUAGAAGCUCUCUCUUGGGGUUACUGGUAAUAAAUUCAUUCCAGCAAAUAGAAGGGAAACAAUCAGUCUUUCUGUAGAAUGCUUGCAUUUGCAAAAUACAGAAUGAGAACACAUGUCAAGCACAUGUAAGCAUGUACAGUGUAUUGGAAUCCUACAUAUUAUCCUUUAUGUGUUUACCUGUCUUUCCCCUGCUAAAGGUAGGUUUCUUAAGAGCACAGAUCCAACAUUGUUUUAAUAUUAUUCUAUUAAAUAAACAUUUGGGCUGAUAUUAUUAUAACAGCGUUAUUUUAUCUAGUAGCAAUUUCUCCACAGGAAAUAAGUAUUUUAAAAGGAUAUACAUAAAAAUAGUUGCACAUAAACAUAGGUUCUUUAAGAGUUUGUGGAAAAAUAGAAUUGAAAGGUAAUACAAAUUUUCCAUGAACUUUUUGGAGUACCCUUGUAUGUGCUUUGAAACGCUGGUUCUAAUAGGAAAAAGUCUGCAGCAUAUCAAAUGUCCAUAGUAAGGGUUCUGUUAAAUUAUGAUGAAAGAGACAAUAAAGCCAUUAAAAAUUAUGCUUUAAUAAGGCAUCUUUUGACAAGGAAAGGUAUUUGAUGUACUCUUUAUUAUUUUUUUUUAAAGAUGACCGGUAAGGGGAUCUUAACCCUUGAAUUG